AUGUCGACACUGGUGCUGCUUCUCUGCUCCUCUGUUGCCUUGGCGGCCCUUUCUCCUCUUAGACCAGGUCCUGGAGAGAUAUAUCGAGCUGGCUCAUCAUGUUUGAUUGCCUGGGGUGCGGACAAAACCAAAACAUGGAAGAAUGUCACCAUCACUUUGAUGUCUGGUUCGAAUUUGAACAUGACAUCCGUGAUUCCAGUUGUCACUGGACUUGACGGCACUGAUGCUACCCUUUCGCCUUUCAAUUGGACUUGUCCGGGUGUCUCUCCAUACGCUGACGUUUAUUUCUAUCAAUUUACAAACGGAGACGACGUGGCAGAUUCGGCGUGGACAACACGGUUUACGAUCGCAUCCCCUUCUGGAGACACCACAAGCCCGCAAUUCUCAACGCAACCAGAUGGACAGGACGUUCCCUGGGGAUAUGGCCGCUUCAGGUCUGCCACUGCUGUCAACACCACUGCUGUCAACAACCUAUCAGCAACGAAUGAGGAUAAUGUCAGCGCAUCUUUCAUACGUGCCACACCUACCGCUGGGACCAAAGAAUGGACAAACAUAAAUUACAAUUGUGCGAAGACCAAUUGCUUUGGGCAGAGACCACCGGUAGCGUCCAGGCGACAAUUAGAUGGGGACGACGACACCACUUCUGAUGACAGCGAAUCAGAUGACUCGUCGAACAGUAAUGGCGUGACGCCGACUCCUAGGCCGCCCGCACAAGAAUUGCCCAACUCGACUGCGACUAGUGUGCCGAUGUACGCUCUAAAUCCAAAAAUGAUGUCAACAAAUAAUGGGAUCAAGCUGCAGGCUCAUCUUGGGACAUGUCUUUUCGCGCUAUUAAACAUGUUUUUAUUGUUGUAG